AUAAAAAUCUGCCAGCUGUCAGUUGACUUGACAGGCUGGCAAGCUCGCAGGGGAGAACAGGACGAAGCCUUGAGCGGCAAUGUUUACAACUUAAAAUUAAAAUCAAGAAAACAAGAAAACAAGCACGAAAAUUCGCCAUUGUUUGAUCACACACACCUGCACACUGCUUAAGAAGCUCCAUAUGAACAUACGUAUAUACAUAUGAGUAUACACUUUUGCUUUGGUUUGCCUGCAUUUCAAUUUCGAAAAAAUAAAUGGUGGGAGCUGAAAUAUAAGACUCACGUCAGUCGAACCGAUUAUCAGCGUGUGCUUAUAAAUUAACAUAUAAAGUACACACGUAUGUAUGUAUAUGUGAAAAAUGUAUUUUUUGAUUUAAGAAAUUCGGUAAAUUAAAAACGCCAAAAAACACAAUUGAGUGUAAAUGUAGAUGUGAAAUUAAAGUGAUUGACGUACGAACCACAUACACUCACGAACCUACAUAUGUGUUUAUACUUGAACAGCAUAAAGAUGUACUAAACUGACUUUGUUGUGUUUCAGAGUGCAAAUUGCGAGGAUAUGCUUAUUAACAAAAUGGAAAUCGAUUUCAGUUUCGCUUCAUUUGUAAUGAAUUUCAUACAUUUUUGGGAUGUAGUCAAGUGCACAAAUUGUUAUUAAGAGUUCCGCUUAGUCGGCAGCAUCGAGCGUUGUAAAAGGAAGUUGAUUCGGCAGAGCGCAUUUGCGGAAUAGUUAGCAGUGAGAACGUAAAAGUGACUUUGAGCAAACCGUUGCAAACCGUUGCAAAGCAAACAAAUCUUAGUUUUUACUAAGCUACCUUUGAACGGCUGAACGGAGGGGUUGACAUUCCCUGCCGAGGGCGUCCGCAAUUGGAAAAAUUAUCUUAAUUUUGUAUUUUAAUUAAUUUUCAUCUGAGGCGUUGCUUACCGCGUCUUGUACAAGGGUCGCUCAUGUUUCCAAGGUACGCGACAUGGACACAAAGGUGGAAAAUCAAUAUAGCCUCGCAACUGUAACAGUAUACCUAGAAGCUUGACUACAAUCCAUUACGUAAAAUAAAUCCUUGGUGCAUAAGAGGUUUAUUUCUCAUGAGACGCGUUCGUGAAGCAUAUGGGGCGUGUAUGUUUUGCUCUUCUUUUUGGUUGUUGAGCUCGUCGGUGGCGCCAACAUUUCGCAUCUUUUAAUUUCAAGCAAAAGUCUAACGAAGUUGGCGAAACUAUCCGCAAAAUAUGUAUUUGAACUCUGAAAAUGGAUAAAUAUUUGAAAUUCUAAGUUCACAGUACACCCUCUUGCACUUUUCGUCACACAGCGAAUAUACAAAUAGUCUAAUUGAAAUCUUCCGAAACUAGCAACAAUUACCCAACUGCUUGAAUUAAAAAAAUUGCAACAGAAAAGCCCGAGGCACCCACGCUAACACAUAGCCCAAAGAAGAAAAAAAAAGAACAAAAAAAAUGACGUCAAAUACCGCUUUGUUGACCGCCGCACACGCGAUGCUCUCCUCCGACCUGCUGCCCAACGUGAAUCUCUCCAAUUGGGAAAAACUGGUAACCGACGAUGAGUUUCGCGAUUUUAUGAAACUUAUGGAAAAGUACAAUAAUCCCAAUCAUUCACAAGAAGCGACUCUACAUAAAUGCCACGACUAUUGUACGGGUGAACUGUAUCAGAUGUUACGCACCUAUAACGGUGUGCAUGGAUAUGUGGCGUUAUUGAUCUGCAUAUUUGGCACAAUCGCAAAUAUUUUGAACAUAAUUGUCCUAACCAAAAAGGAUAUGGCCAAAGCCCCAAUUAAUAAAAUACUCAAAUGGUUAGCGAUAGCAGAUAUGUUUGUGAUGAUCGAGUAUAUACCAUUCGCUUCAUAUCAAUAUAUCUAUAUGAAACCAGGUGAAAAAGAUUUCAGUUAUGCUUGGGCGGUCUUUGUACUUUUUCAUAUGCAUUUCACCCAAAUUCUCCAUACAAUAUCCAUUGGGUUGACGGUAACUUUAGCGAUAUGGCGUUAUGUGGCAAUAAGACACCCACAUGGACGGUUCGCUGCCUUCCUACUGUCACAUUGCAAUGAAGCGAUUAUAUUUUCCUUCAUCAUAUCGCCGAUUGUCUGCUUUCCAACAUUGUUUGUGUUCAAGGUGCGCGAAAGUUAUGUGGAGGAUAGCAAGGUGCCGUUAUAUCACGUCUAUGCGGAUAAAGAUACACAUUUGUACAGAAUUAACUUUUGGAUACAUUCAGUGAUUAUAAAAUUGUUGCCCUGCUGCAUUCUCACCGUUAUUAGUUUUAUUUUGGUACGAGUAUUAUACGAGGCAUCGAAGCGUAAGCAAAAACUUAAAGACUACAAUAACUCCAAUAAAACGAGUGGUGGCAAUGGAGGAGCGAGCUGUGGUGGUGAAGUGCCAUUGACGGAGCAACGACGUCCGCCGAAAUGUGAUCGUCGCACCGACCGCACUACAAUGCUCCUGGUGGCCGUGCUCAUACUCUUCCUAAUCACUGAAUUUCCUCAAGGUAUACUCGGCCUCCUAUCGGGUGUUUUGGCGAAAUGCUUCUUCUUCGUUUGCUAUCCACCAUUUGGCGAAAUGAUGGAUCUAUUGGCACUCAUUAAUGCCGCUAUUGGCUUUGUGCUCUACGGUUUGAUGUCCAAACAAUUUCGAACAACAUUCAAGUCAUUAUUUUUCAAAAAGAAUUUCGGCAGUAUGGAAAUGACUCGACUAACGCGGGUCACCACGACGUGCGUUUGACUCCGGUGUGGAGGGUCACCUUAACUGCUUUAAUUACUGCAAGCGUCGCUGCACGAACUGUGUAGAGUGUUGAUCAGAAAGUGAAUAAGAAAUGGCUCGGAGAUUGCAUCAUAUUAGAACCUGUAAAUAUGUAUAUAUGUAGAAAAGAUGAUUCAAAAAUUCGAAACUUUGGUUCGCAACGAAUUCGCGAUAGCGGUUCGCAUCGCUAUUGUAGUGCAUUGUUAUUGUAGUGCGCAAAAUUGUUGAUAUCUUAUUACAGGAAAAUUGAUCGUAUGCUAUAAGGUGUUCCUCCUGUUCUUCAAAUCAAAUGUAUCUUAUUAAAUAUAUAUGUAAUUUUGGAAUGUGAACAUUUUUAUAAGGGUACGAAUAAAAUGAGCUUCUUCUUUUCAAUGGUAAGCUUAAGAUGUGAAAAUUUUUUACACUUUAAAGAUUUAAGUUUAAACUAACAUAGGCUUUUUACAAAAAAUUAUAUAUUAAUCUUAAAAGAAAUUAAUA